UACGGUUUUGUGUGUGUACAAAUGACACCCACUACUGAACCGUCCCCAAUGGUGUCACCAUGUCCCCGAUGGACUGUUGGAACAUUGAUAAUUUAUGGUUGUCCUUGCACGUGUUUUCAUUUGCAACACUCGAGUGAAGGACAAAACAACAUUAGUGGGACACGCAACGGCAUGUUGGGCGAAAAUAAGGCCGGAGGACCGUCAUAUGGUGAUGGUGGGAUAUGACACGUAUCCAGACAAGGAGAUGUGGUCUAUCAUGGGUUUCAUGGACGCAGGGGAUGCCAGAACGGACACACCAAACAACUAUCUGGACACAAUUCGUUGCAGCCACGGGAGUGCAUCUCUUCUCGGGUGGCUGCCGGUUGUAUGUCCCAUGACAUACGACUGUGGCGCAGAUAUCAACAUGAUACUGAGAGACCCUCUUAGCGUUCCAUUUCAUAUGACAUACACAGAUGGACUGUUGCAUUACAUCCAGUACAUACCUGAGGAGGACUCGCAAACAAUGUGCAAUGAUUGGAAACGAAAAAGUGUGCACGAUAAGGAGACACACUCUUCAUCAGAGGCGGCGAGCCCGGAUGGGGGAAAAGAUGUCGAGAGGCCAGAUGAAGAAAACUUGAAUGGCGCAGGUUGUGGUGAUGUGGAACAAGGAAUGGGGGAUGCAGAACCAUCUGCAAGGUUACAACAGGGGAUGGGGGGUGCAGAACCAUCUGCGAGGUUAGAACAGGGAAUGGGGGUUGUAGAACCAUCUGCGAGGUUAAAACAGGGAAUGGGGGGUGCAGAACCAUGUGCGAGGUUAAAAGAAAGAAUGGGGGGUGCAGAACCAUCUGCAAGGUCAGACGACAUGAUGAUGGAGAAGACGAAGAAGCAAAAGUGCGGCGUGUCAAAAGGCAAGGGCAAUGCACCAGCUGUGGGGGACACAAAGGUCCCAACCAAGCGAAAAGCCGGGGUUGCAAAGCGGCGACGACAUCCUGGGCAGGCUACAUUAGCAGAAAUCCGCCACCUGCAACGCUCUGUUCAUCUUUGCUUGCCUUUCACGCCAUUCUUGAGGCUUGUACGGGAGAUCGUCAACAAAGAUGUGGCACCUGGACGUGGGAUCAGGUUCGAGUUGGUUGGAAUGUGUGCACUCCUGGAGGCUGCUGAAGCAUACCUCAUGCAUCUCAUGGAGAAUACAAAUGAGCUCGCGAUCCACGCGAAGAGGGUGACAGUAAACGUGAAGGACAUGAGGCUCGCUGAUGCGCUAUGGAAACCACGACGUAACAAACAGAGAAGAACAAGCAGCAUGUCUUUGUCGGCAGAAGAGGUGCAGUCAGCUCUCUCUCAGGUGAUGAAAUAUGCAACGAAGGGUGUUCACUAUGAUAGCAACAUGGAGUUAGAGAUGUUGAAGGAAAGAGUGUCUGCGUACUUCAGUGUCAAGUUGGACAUCCAUAGAACGAUUGCGGCAAAUGGAGACAAGGCAACUACAGCACUACAUCUUUUGGACCGCCUGAAGCGAACAAGAGCAGCGCGUAGUGGAAGUCAGACAGAGGAGUCAGCGUACAACCUGAAUGGAAUCGUGGACUAGAUGUGUGAGGAUACAGACAUUGACAAGUCCAUGCAGCAGAAAGGAGGUGUUUACGGGCCAGCGAAUUCAAGAAAUUAAUGAAAUUCCAGGCGAGAA